AUGGCUCAAUUUCUAGCCAACGUGCUACAAAACGUCGUUGGCAAAAACGAACGUCAUGUACGCAGUAGCUUCGAUUUUUCGUCGGAAAUCACGAAUGUUCAGGUACCCGAAGGUUGUAUUAUCUACUCACUGGACGUCGUGUCGCUUUACACGAACGUACCAGUACAGAAUGUGUUCGAAAUAAUAGAGCAAAAGUGGCGGGAAAUCAGCGCAUACACGCCGAUACCUUGGGCUGAAUUCAAACGUGCGCUAACCACAAUCCUCGGGGCGUCGUUUUUUCAGUACGGCGGUAGAAUCUUUGAGCAGACUUUUGGCACACCGAUGGGCUCCCCUUUAUCCCCUGUAGUAGCGUCUCUCUUAAUGGAACAACUCGAAGAAAAAGCUAUCCAGAACCUACGAGAUAAAGGCAUCACCCUCGUGAUGUACAAACGGUAUGUUGAUGACUGUUUGAUUAUAGGCAAUGAAAGUGAAAUAGACUACCGACAAAUAUGGCCUGUUGGGUUUUUCGACGACGUUCGAGAGAAUCUAGUCCUAAAAGCUGGCACCGAUGAGGAUAAUGGGGUAGAUCUUCGGGAUGAUUCCACGGCAGAUGACAGUGCGAUUAAGAGUGUCCUAAGUGCGAGCAAUACCGUUGGAGCAAUACCAGAACACGGUACGAAGCCCACGCGAGCCUACAAACAUCAUCACCACCUGGUCCAAGGAAAUCCACUGCGGGUCGACGCAUACCGUUACAGCCGAAGCCACACAUCACGGCAGCGACGCAGUUUUCCCGACACCACCCGGCGACGACCAUACCAGCAUCGACAGCAGCAGAAACGACGGUCUGGGGAUCAACCGAAAGCUAAUUGA